CUUUUUGAAGCACCAUGUAUUAUAUAAGUUGACACAUUUCCCUCAUAUCACACAAGCAAAAGGAAGGGAAACAAUAUUUUAGCAAUAAAAAAUGGAGAAGAAAGUCAUAACCAACAAAGUGCAUUGUUUGGUGUUACCCUAUCCAGCACAAGGUCACAUAAAUCCAAUGCUUCAAUUCUCUAAGGAUUUGCAACAUGAAGGGAUAAGAGUGACUUUAGUCACCACCCUUUACCACCGCAAGACCUUGCAAAGUGUACCACCUUCCUUCACAAUCGAAACCAUUUCUGAUGGAUUUGAUAAUGGUGGUGUUGAAGAAGCUGGGGGAUACAAAGCCUAUUUGGGUAGGUUUUGGCAAGUAGGACCAAAAACUCUUGCUCAACUUAUUGAAAAAUUUGGUUCUUUAGGUGACAAAGUUGAUUGUGUUAUUUAUGAUUCAUUUUUUCCUUGGGCUCUUGAUGUUGCUAAGAGAUUUGGAAUUGUUGGUGUUACUUAUCUCACUCAAAAUAUGUCAGUGAAUAGUAUUUACUAUCAUGUUCAUCUAGAAAAAUUGAAAGUUCCCCUUAUUGAAGAUGUGAUUUCACUUCCUUUGUUGCCUAGAUUGGAUUUGGGGGACAUGUCUUCAUUCUUCUCAACAAAAGGAGAGAAUCCAGUUUUGCUUGAUUUGUUGGUGGGUCAAUUCUCUAAUAUUGACAAAGCUGAUUGGGUUCUAUGCAAUACAUUUUAUGAGUUGGAAAAAGAGGUCGUCGAUUGGACAAUGAAGAUUUGGCCCAAAUUUAGGCCAAUAGGACCAUCCAUACCAUCAAUGUUCUUAGACAAUAGACAUAAAGACGAUGAAGAUUAUGGUGUUGCACAAUUCAAGUAUAAUGAAAAAUGCAUGGAAUGGCUAAACGAUAAGCCAAAAGGAUCAGUUGUUUAUGUUUCUUUUGGAAGUAUGGUAAGUCUUGAUGAGGAGCAAAUACAAGAAUUAGCUUAUGGUUUAAGAGAUAGUGGAAGUUACUUCUUAUGGGUUGUUAGAGCUUCUGAAGAGAAUAAGCUCCCAAAAGAUUUUGAAAAGGAGUCAAAGAAAAGCUUAGUAGUGACAUGGUGCUCUCAGCUAAAGGUUCUAGCUCAUGAGGCAAUAGGGUGUUUUGUAACACAUUGUGGAUGGAACUCCACAUUGGAAGCAUUAAGCUUAGGGGUUCCAACUAUUGCAAUACCACAAUGGUCAGACCAAAGAACCAAUGCAAAAUUUAUUGCUGAUGUUUGGAAGAUGGGAAUUAGAGCUCCUAUUGAUGAGAAACAAAUUGUGAGGCAAGAUAAAUUUAAGGAUUGUAUAUUGGAAAUAAUGAAGGGUGAGAAAGGCAAGGAGAUUAAGAGCAAUGCUACACAAUGGAAGACUUUGGCAGUUGGAGCUUUUGAGGAGCAUGGAAGUUCUCAGAAAAACAUUAUAGAAUUUGUGACUAGCUUGAUCAAUGUGGGUCCAUUGACCAGGGAAGGAUCCAUUCAAUGACUAUGUGUGGCUAAAGCCGCACAUCCAACUUUCCUAUUUUCUUAAUUAUAAAUAGGGAUAAUAGUCAUUUUGGUCCCUGAAUGUAUAACGAAUAGUUACAAUAGUCUCUCAAUGUAAUAUAAAUUUAAAAUAGUCCCUGAUUUUAAA